AUGUUGUGGCUCCAACUGCUGUGCGGACUGCUUUUGCUAAACGGAGUGUGGAACAAACCUGCGGCCCAGAAGGAGGAUGAUGAUGAGGAAGACUGCGAAAUUAAUGCGCCGGACACCAUGCACGACUUCUGCUGCGAUUUACAUGACGAGCUCAGCCAGUUUGUGGAGUGCCAAAUAGAGUGGCACGAAAAGAUACAUUACACCACGGAUAAAGAGGAGCAAACCUACAUGUUUUGCACUGCCGAAUGCACCUUCAAUGGCACGGAAUUGCUGAAACCAAAUCGCAAGUCGCUCAAUCUGAAGCGGGUGCAGGCACAUCUGGAGAGCGAGCUUGCGGACGAUGCGGAUGAGGCACUGCUCUAUGAAACCUACGUGAAGUGCGACAAGCAUGCCACGUCGUUGCUCUCGCACAAGAGUGUGAAGUCACUGUCGAAGCGUUUGGAUGCCUAUGGCUGCCAUCCGUAUCCAGGUCUGGUUAUGGAGUGCGUCUCAAACGACAUGAUCUUGAACUGUCCACCUAAGCGGUUCCACGACACAGCCCAGUGUCGAGUGGCCCGUGACUAUCUACGCAAUUGCAUGACGCAUGUCAAGUACAAGCCAUAG